UGGAUCCGAGCAACCAUGGUGGCCCAUGUGUGGUCGCUGAUGAGGUUUCUCUUCAAAAGCAGCGUGGCUGGGGGCGCCGUCUACCUGGUGUACCACCAGGAGCUGCUGGGGCCCAGCAACAAGGGCAAGGCGGCCCUGCAGCAGGCGGAGGAGGUGGUUCCGCCGGCCUUGUACCAGUUCAGCCAGUACGUGUGCAAGAAGACCGGCCUGCUGAUCGCUCAGCUCCCAGCCCCACCAAAGAUUAACUUUCCCCUCCGGGAGUCCUGGAAUUCAGGUAUCAUCAAAGUGAUGUCAGCCCUGUCGGUGGCCCCCACCAUGGCCCUGGAGUACUCCAAGGAGGGCUGGGAGUACGUGAAGGAGAGCACCAAGUAG